GCAGAGUGAAAACAAAAAAGAUGAAAACGAGUUGACAGUGACUGCAAUAAUAAUCUGAGACAGACAGAUUCUGGGGGCCCAGUUGUUCUGAGAGAUGGCUGAAGCAAUGGAAAGUGUAGAAGACUGUGAAGGAGAGAAAAUUCCAGAGGCUUCACAUUCCAACAACAAGGCAGUCAAGGAAGGUCUUAUAUCCAACCACAAGAUUUCUCAAAAUGAAUCAGGCUUUGAUACAAGCCUCUGUGACGGCUCACUUCAUGCAGAAAGCUUCAGAUCAGAUCUCACAGCCAAUAACUCGAGUGAAUUAAAUCUCAGCAUACCCAAGUUUGAUGAUAGCGGCAUUGACUUUGAGAAGUCUCCCAUGUCAAACAGUGCCAAGGAUAGUGGUCUUGGGCCGGAACGCUCACCAAGUUUGAAAGACUGUUCGAUGUCUGAACUAGAUCUCAGCGAGCCAGUCUCAGAGUGUGUGACAGACAGUGGAUGUGUAUCAAGGACUAAUUCAGAGUGUAACUCAAAAGUGAAAACUGAAAAGAGAAAAACGGAAAAACAAAAUAACAAUAAAAUUGAUCAUGAAGAGGCCAAGUCUGUUAAAAACAGUUCUGCCACUACAUCUGAGAAUAAUAUAAGUGAACGUCCUAUUGACGGAGCAGUAGGAAGUGAUAGUGCAAAUGAACCAGAAUCAUCAAAGAUAAACAAUAUUGAUAUGGAAACCAAAGAUUCUGAUGAUGACUCGGACAUUGGCGCAUUUAGAAAGCGCCCAACAAAAAAACGCAAAUACCGAUUUCAACGUAUCACCUCAGACAGUGAAGAUGAUGAAAUUAUCCAGCAUGAGGGUGAGAAUACUACUGAAGGUCAAGGUGAAAUGGCUGACAUUGAAACAGAAAGUGACCUUGAUUCUGAUGACUUUUCAGAUGAUGAAAUAGAGGAUAAUGAGGGAUCUGUGAAAUCAAAAUCAGAUGACCAGAAAUCUGAUUCUGAGGAAGAAAAAGAAGAAGACAAGGAAAAGCCAAAACAAUCAUGGUUUGCAUUGAAAGACCUCAGCAAGCGAGAGAUGGGGUACUCCAACAAAACUCCACCCUCAAUAUUCCGGGAAAAAGUGCAAGGUAGCUUACAAAUGGUGCAGAGAUUCAAACUUCAAUACAAGAUGGAAUACCAUGAUGGAUGUGUCAAUGCUCUCAGCUUCAACAGAAUAGGUACUUUGCUGGCUAGUGGUUCUGAUGAUCUGAAUGUGAUUUUAUGGAAUUGGAUAAAAAAGAGACCUUCACUUGUGUAUGACAGUGGUCAUAGAGGCAAUGUGUUUCAGGCCAAGUUUAUGCCAUUUAGCGGUGAUUGUCAUGUAGUCAGCUGUGCGAGAGAUGGUCAAGUAAGACUGGCUGAGUUAUCACUGACAGGUGUAUGUAAAGGGACCAAGAAGUUAGCACAGCAUAAAGGUGCAGCUCACAAGCUGGCUUUGGAGUUAGACUCACCCCAUGUGUUUCUAAGCUGUGGUGAAGAUGCUAUAGUAUUUUCAGUUGAUUUGCGUGAUGAUAAACCUAACAAGUUGUGUCAGACAAAGUGGGAAAAUCGUAGGGUCCCCCUGUAUAGCAUCCAUUCAAAUCCUGUCAACUCAAAUGAAUUUUGUGUUGGAGGCCGAGAUAGAUACAUUAGAAUUUAUGACAAAAGAAAAAUUGCAGAUACUGAAGAUGGAAUUGUCAAAAAGUUUUGUCCUCAUCAUUUGAUUGACAGCAAGUCCAAAGCUGACAUUACAUGUGCAGUGUAUAAUUACAAUGGAACAGAGGUACUGGGCUCAUACAAUGAUGAUGAUAUUUAUUUGUUUGAUAAUACACAUUCCGAUGGGGCAGACUACAUCCACAGAUAUGGCGGUCACAGAAAUAGUGCCACUGUUAAGGGAGUGAACUUUUAUGGCCCCCACAGUGAGUUUGUUGUCAGUGGGAGUGACUGUGGCCAUGUCUUCCUUUGGGACAGAGAGACAGAGAGUGUGGUACAAUUCAUGGAGGGAGAUGAUUGUGGAGUGAUUAAUGUGUUGGAGCCCCAUCCUUUUGCCCCGGUUAUGGCCACCAGUGGUCUGGAUCAUGAUGUGAAGAUUUGGGCCCCCACCGCUGAGGAGCCAACCGUAUUACCCAACCUCAAAAAGACAACCAAGAAGAAUAGGAAAGAGAGAGAUGAGGAGAAUUUAAGUGACCCUUCUGCACUGCAUGACAUGUUGGAUGGUCCGAUGAUGUACUACAUAAUGAGACAGAUCAGUCGAGCCAGGAGAAGGAAUGAACCAGAUGCUGAUGACUCCAGUUCUAACACUUCCGACUCGGAUUCUGAAGAUUCGGAAUUUGGCCCAGUGGACAGGCUCCAGUGUGCACAGCAGUGAAUCAGCCAUGUGUGACCAAAAUAAAUCAGUGUUAAAGGACUGUGCCAGAUUAAUCAAAAAGCUUAUGCAGGAAUUCUGGGAAAUGCAUCAUUUAUAAGAGACUUCAUUUUCAUGCUUCAAUGUAAUCAUGCUAGAGACUUCAUUUGAUUUUUACAGCAUAUUGCAUGAUCAUGUAUUUGUGGAUAGUUAUUUUGUUUACUGCAGAUUAUGUUUACUUUUUGCUUUUGUUUAUUUAUUCAUCUAUUUGUACAAACAUCAUUGGAUUUGUUCCCUUUUUUCUGUUUAAAUAAUAUAUCCUACAUCAUGAAAUGAUUGAGUUAAUACAUAUAUUUAAUAACUGGAGUGAACUUAAAUGUUAAUGAAAUUAUAUUGAUGGUGAAAACCAGAAUGUUUGUGUUCUCAAUAAAAAUCUAAUUUAUUUG